AGCUCCUCAGAUCCUGAUCCAGGUCCAGAGUGUUCAGGGUGAAGAAGUGAAGAAGAGGAAGAGGACAUUAGAUAUCAGUAGUAAUAAUGAAGGAGUUCUCCUCUGACGUCUUGCUUCUCUCUUUUGCUCAUUUAAGUUUCCUGUGUAGUUUUCUGGACGGGUCUCGCGCUCAGGAGGCUGCCGGUGCCGGUACCGGUCCAGGUGCCGGUGGUGAUGACGCGCUCCAGCGGGGGUUGUCAUGGCAACAUAACGGGCAGGUCUUCAGCAUCCUGAGCCGCGGCUCUCAGUACCGGCCGUCAGGAGGCAGGAGGCGGACCGGUACCGGGUCUCCCCGCCGCGGUGACCCGGUGGUGGUCCUCAGCAGCGGUACCGAGCCGGGCCCGGUCCCCGCCGCGUCCCGGUUCUCCCCGCGGGUCCCCGUCUCCAGCGGCGCUGCGCAGUUACGCACGGUGACGCGUCAUCAUCCCGGUGGCACCGGAGACUCUGGACCGGUCCGACCGGAGGGCAGGAUGGUCGGAGACUCUGGACCGGUCCGACCGGAGGACAGGAUGGUCGGAGACGACCCGUACAACCCGUACAAGGCCUCCAACUAUUACCCCUAUUACAACUACUACAACUCCUACUACAGACCCAGACCCAGAACCCAGGCCCGGCACGGGUACGGAACCGGCUACCACCAGCACGGUCUCCCUGAUCUGGUUCCUGAUCCAAACUACAUCCAGGUCGGCACCUACAUCCAGAGGAUGCCCAUGUACAACCUCCGCUGUGCUGCUGAGGAGAACUGCCUCGCCUCCUCCUCCAGCUCCUCCCAUGACUAUGACACCAGGGUGUUGUUGAGGUUUCCUCAGCGGGUGAAGAACCAGGGAACAGCUGACUUCCUGCCCAGUAAACCUCGAUAUGCGUGGGAGUGGCACAGCUGUCACAAUCACUUCCACAGCAUGGACGAGUUCAGCCUGUACGAGCUGCUGGACGUCCAGACUGAGAGACAGGUCGCUGAGGGACACAAGGCCAGCUUCUGUCUGGAGGACACCUCCUGUGACCCGGGAUACUACCGCCGCUUCGCCUGCACCUCACACACUCAGGGUUUGAGUCCAGGUUGUUACGACACCUACAACGCGGACAUUGACUGCCAGUGGAUCGACAUCACUGACGUCUCUCCUGGAAAAUACAUCCUCAAGGUGUCAGUAAACCCCCGGCAGCAGGUUCCAGAGUCCAACUACAACAACAACGUAGUCCGCUGUGACGUCCAGUACACCGGCACCGCCGCACACGUCUCCGGAUGCACCACGACGUCCUACUGAGAUGAAUUCUGCAACAUGAGCUUGAAAACGAAGACAGACGGAGGAAACAGUGGACGCUGCAGAAGAAUGCAGUUUAAAGUUACAUGUGACGUAAAUAAUAAUACAGUUAUAACCAGAUUAAAUAAAAAAGGGAUCAUUAAAAGUCUCAUAAAACACCUGAACCAGGUUGUUUUGUUCCAAAUUAAACCUGAAUAGCUUUUUCAAAUUACAGAGGUAUUUACGUUUGUGAGUAUCCAGGAUUAAAUACAAGUACAAGUAAAGUUAGAGGUUAUGGAUUAGGAUGCACCACUUAUUUGUAAAUCCAUCACUAUGUUGUAAAGUCCUGUCAAAGAUCUGAAUAGCUGCUAACUAGUUUAAAAUUAGUGAUUUACUACAUCAGUUGCACCAUUAAAACUUAAGAAAUGUCUUAUCAAAAGCAAACUAUAUAACCGUAACAUCACCAGCUGUAACUUAACUUCCAAAAAUAACAGUUUUAUGGGGCCAAACAUUAAACUCACCAGCCAGUCCUUUUGUUAAUGUCUUUGCUUUAUUUAUAUCUGUACAUGUGGAGACAUGUGUGUGUUUCAGAGUUAGUAGCAUUCAUGAAGUUUAAAAUUAACCUUACAGACAAAGUUAGUCACAUCAUCUGCAUAACGUUUAAUAAUUUGGAGACUGUAUUGUUUUGUAGAAUGUACCUGUUUAUGUAUAAUAAUAAUAAUAAUAAUAAUAAAAAACAGCAUUUGGAUCAAGUGUGAGGUCAGACGUGUCCAUAUUACUUCUGAUUCUCUAAACAGGUCAUGCUGUAUGUUAGCAGCAGUGUUGUCAGAUGUUAAACUAUUGUACCAAAGGUUUGAAAAUUAUCGUAUUUUGAGAAAAAUCAUUGUGCGCGAGUCAUAACUACAAGAACAAAGGAGCAUAAAUGUGUAAUUUUAAUUUAAUUUAAUUCAAAUUAUCGUAGAUUAUUAGUCUGUUAAGAUAGUUAGUUAGUGAGCUACGCAACAAUUACACCUGACAGCUACAUAUAGGAGUAAAUAUAAUAACUAGUAAUAAGAACAACUGAUAGAAGUUUGUUUGAUGCAAUAUCUGUUAUGAUUUACUGAUGUGUAAACCUACACUUUACUUACUUUAUAACUAAACUGAGACUAAGAUUGAGUUUACAAACAGGUGGUGCAACUUUCUACUUUUUACUGGUUUACCUGUGUUUUUUGUUUUGGAAACCGUCUGGGUUUAUUUCAUGUUUCAAGAUGAAUCUGUUAGUUAUAAAGGUUUUAUAAUAUAGUUUUCAUUCAGUUUUCUCACAGUCAGGAGAUGUGAUGUUGACAUUUGUUUUUUUGAGAUCACAAAAUAUCUAUUCUAAUGCCCCCCCAAAAAAAACUAUUUAAUUUAACGCACCGUGAGAAAACAGUUCUUAUUUUCUGAUCUUAAUCUCCACUACAUGAUCAUUUUCUGGUCACACACAGAGACACUUACUUGUCCUUCCUGGGCUUCCGUAGACUUCUUAUUAUAUACAAUAUUUGAUCAAUCAAUGUCAGUAAAACUGACAUUUUACUAAUAUUUAAUGUUAAUUUAGACUGUAGAAAUUUCAGUUUCUGGGACAUUUUUCAGACAUAAAUUGAUCACUUCCUGUAAGGUUUUAUUAUUUCACUAACUGUUCUUUAUUGGUGCUGUAGAGUAGAGCUUUCAUUUUUGGUGCUAAAGGUGCUAAAGUUUUCACUUUUUGCCAUUUUGUGUUCCCAAAUUUAACCAAAAAUACUCACCAGGGGGACACAGUCAGACUUCCAAACUAAUGUGUGCCUUUCUGUUGGUGGACAGAGUGUGUAUACAGAGUACACAGUGUGUGUACUUGUACUCGACAACCUGCAGAGCUGUAUAUAGGCGAGCUCACAUCUCAUCAUGUUAUCAACCUGCAUUACUGCUUCAUAUCACUUUAAUAAAGCUUGCUUGAAUGUGAA